UACCACCGCCACAGCCAUGAGGUUGGCUUCAAUGCUGAUGAAGCGCACAGUAUCGUAGAGUGUGUAGAUGCGGUCUUGGGUGGUGAAGAUUAUAACCAGAACAACAUCAACCAAUGGACUGCAAACAUAGUGGAACAAUCCUUGACACAUUUGGUUAAGUUGGGAAAAGCUUAUAAAUAUAUUGUGACCUGUGCAGUGGUCCAGAGGAGUGCCUAUGGCUUUCACACAGCCAGCUCGUGUUUUUGGGAUACUACAUCUGAUGGAACCUGUACCGUAAGAUGGGAGAACCGAACCAUGAACCGUAUUGUCAGUGUUUUUGCCAUUGCUAUUGUCCUGUGA